CGGAACGGUCGUGUGACGUCAUUAUUCCCGCGCUUUUUUUUUUUCUUUCAAAAAAAUGUUCACGAGCGCCAUGUUGUCACAUUUUUAUUGACAUUAAUUUAAAUGUUUUAACAAUAUUUUUUAUGUUAUUAUUGUUGUCGCGUCGUGUUUAAUUGUUGCGAUUGUUUUUUAUAAUUAUAAUUGUUUGUGUUUUAAUUUAGUUUAAAAUUAGUUAUAUAUGAUAUAAGUGAAAAUGUUUUGUGUAUUGAAAUUUUUCGUACCAACUUAACGAAAUGUGGGUGUCGAGUUUUGUGUGAUUGGAUUUAUUUACUAUGGAGAAACCGUCUUAUAAGCUGGUCGGUGUGCCUUGCGGUCAACACGGUCAAUACACGUUCUACAAGGCCAUAAGACUAACAGGACCCAAGGAGAGGAUAGUCGCCAUCGGUGAUUUCUUCUUCGUGAGGAUAUGGCAGGAUUCAGAACUGGUGUCUAUUGGCGAACUGCAACUCCUCUGGACGGACAGGGUCUCAGACCAGACCCUCGUUUCCCUAAGGCUAUACUUCCUGCCGGAAAAUACACCCGAUGGCAGAGGUCUCCAUGGGGAGGAUGAAGUUCUCGCCAUCAACGAAAAGGUCGUGCUCCGAGCUGAAGACUUGCUCAGCUGGGUGUGCAAUGGAGCCGGGUGGAGAUGGGGGCUCCGAGCCGUCUGGAGAGGUGCCUGCGCGCCCCCCAGCGCCCCUUGCGUCACGUCACCCUUACACCACACGAAGCUCGACUUCAGUGAUGUAGAGAAAGAAAAGUGUUCUAUAACAGUAGAAGUAGAAGACCCAGGCGUUGUCGUGUUCUCAUACCCUCGCUACUGCCGCUACCGGGCAUUGCUCGCGCGUCUCGAUGGUAUCCAGGCGGAUUGGCUUCGGGACUCGCUGGUGGCCGCCCUCGGCGGUUACGCCGCCCCCACCAAGAAUACUAGAAUAUUGUAUUGUAAGGAUACAUUCGAAUACCCUGAACUGGAGGGCCACGAGUUCGUCUGUAAUCAUCUAGCUCCGAAACUGAAGGGCAGGCCGCGCGGGCGGCGGCGACGAGCGGCGCGGUCUCGCGACCGGUCGCCGGACAGAUCGCCCGACCGGUCGCCCGACUCGCGUUCCAGUGACAGUGAUAGAAAUACACCCGACACGAGGACACCAAGGAGACUGUCACUCCGUAACGGAGCGGAGAAGCAGAGCGAGGAAGAAGAGGAGGUGGAGAGGAAACCAGAAGAGAUAGCCAAAGACGAAGCAUUCCUGAAACAGCUCAGGGAGUUUCUCAAGAGUCAAAACGAUUCGCUUAAGAUAUCACACUCGUUGAAAAACGUGUCGCUGCGCGCCGUGUUCGCGUGGGUGUCGCGGCGCGGCGGGCUGGGCGCGUGCCGCGCGGCGCUGUGGCGGCGCCGCUACGGGCACCGCGCCGCCGCGCUGCGGGCGCUCUACCAGCGAUAUCUCCUCCAGUACGAACAUUACCAAAGAUGGAACGGCCUGAUGCACCCGAAGCCGAACGGGAAAAUCGAGGAACCGAGCACCAUAGAUACCAUCGACGUCACGGACUCGCCCAUCCGUGACGUGGACGUGAAGAAGGACCUCCCAGAGAAGAGGCUCCGGACCCCAUCCCCUAAGAAACUUAAACCUGAGAAAUUAAUCCUAGACAAUGAAACGGGGGAACUGACAAAGGAGGAGAUGAAUGUAACAUCGAAACCCGCUGAGGAGUUGAACAGGGAGUUCCUAGACUCCCUCCCUAAUCCGAAAGAGGAGGAGAAGGGGAAGAUCUUCGUGAAACCAGUAGAGAAACUGAUAGAACCGAGCCUGAAGCUGUUACAAGACAGUUCGUCUGAUCUGACUAAACCGAUUACGAUGGAUUCUAGCAAAGUGAUAACGGACGCGGGGAACAAGCCAGGCGACGGGUCCGUGUUUCUGAACGAAUUAGCACAAAAAUUGAACUUGGGCAACACAGACACGAGAUUCCUCCAGCAGCUGUCGCAGAAUCCCCCCACCGACAGCCUCUCGAGCCUCUCGACCCUCGGCGACAAGUACACAAACGGACACACCAACCUCGCUAAUAACACUGACGUGCGCUCCCGGCCGGCGGGCCGCAGCUCGCUGCGCGCCGUGCGCGUCAAGCCCGCGCGCCCCCCCGCCGCCACGCCACCGAUACCUCCUCUCCGUACGGACUCCGCGUCGUCCUCCCCCCCACUGGGCAUCGUGCCGCCCCCCAUCACGACAACCGCUACGACGACCAUCAACAACUUCGGCAUUCACCACCCACCGCCGCCCGCCAACCACAGCGAUGAUGAAAUUGUGGAGGUUCCCUACAAACCGAAAAGUCCAGAAAUUAUCGACUUAGACGAAUACCCAGAGAGUCCUCAAGGUAUCAAGAAGAAAAAACUAGAAAUCCUAAAAGAGAGGGGGUUAGAAGUGACCGCCGUACCACCGGGCCCCGUCUGGGCGGCUCCCAUUCCCAACCCCAUUACGCCCCUAAUAAACCCCAGUCCUAUAAUCCUAAACCCGGCAGUUCAACACCAGAUUAUGACCCAAGCUCAAAUAUUCCAAAUGUACAAUAUAAUUCCACCAAAUUAUCCAAAUGGUAUUCAGGUGCCCAAAGUUAUCCAAGCGUCCAGUGCCUUCGGAACUGCUGGACCAGAAAAAACAGUGUACGGCAAUCCUAAGGACCCUUUCAUGCCACCCCCACAUGUGCUGCAGGGCACUCCAAUUAAACCACAACGAAGUAUCCAGACCCCGACGACAGCACCACAAGAUAUUUUAGAUUUAACUUGCAAAACUCAAACAACUCCAACUCAGAAGCCUGCCGUCGAAAUAGUCAGGAUACCUCCGGCGCCGUCCCCCUCCAAAACCCCAAACGCCCCCCAGAAUUUGAGCAAAAACUACACCCUUUUAGAUGGGAAAGCAGUCGUCGGCUCGAAUUUAGAAAUAACCCUAGUUAAUUCUAAAUCCCAAACUCCACCGAAGAGACCGCCGCAAAAGCGCUCGUCGAAUGGGAAAUUCGUGUCCGCGAAAACUCCCACGCCUCCCAAAGAUUACCCCAAGCCCUACCCCUCCCCGUCCCCAAAGAAGCCCCCAAUAGUGGUCCCCAAUUACCAAAUACCGAGCAGAGAAGACAUAUCGCCCACAAGUUCGACCACAGCGAAGGAAACUCAGAACAAUAUGCUUCAAAACGCUUUCAAGGGUCAGAACUUGGCGCAAAUCAUGGAAAUGCAGAAAACUGUGCCCAACCUCAACCCGUUCAUGGACCCGAUGUACAUGAACGCGUUCUACAACAGCUUGGGGCCAAUGGACCAGCGCCAGUUGGCCAUGUACCGGGACCUGAUGACCAGUCAGUUCCGAGGGUACAGCGGCCUGCUGAACAUCGGCACGCCGACAACGAAGAAUUGAUUUAUCUAGUCGGUAGAUUGAAGUUAACUUUUUAUUGGACACGACGCAACUUGACCUGUUCGAUUCUGACGAGUUAUCGACCAUUAGCGUGUCUACUAGCCUAACCUCCUUUGUGGAGGGGGGGCUUUCUUACUACUUUAAGUAUAAUAUUGUUAAUUGAAACGUGUUCAAUAAAAGUUUAAUAUUUUAUUUGAUUGUGAUAUGAAGGUAGUUUUAAGUCGAUCUCUAGUUAUUUUAAAGGGAUUUUGUGAGCGAGCCGUCUCGCUCUGUGCCCUUAUGCGCGAGAGAGACAUAACCAGCUGGAUGUCUCUCUCUAACAUAUAGGUUACAAUCGGGAAUGACUCCCUUUUCUGUAAAUAAAUUGUAAAUAAAGCGGUUCUUUUUCCUUUACGGCCGACGACUACGUGACGUAAUUUUAAGCUGGCAACAUUGGAGACGAAAGUAUUGAAGCCAUUAGGGUUCCGUGGUAAUAUAAAUGCAUUUUAUUUUUUUUUAUCGAGGAGGUUGUGUAAACUCGUGUUUCGUUGACGUUUCGUACGGAAUGAAGUUUUGUCACGUGGCUGUUCACGUCGGUUAGUUGAAUUGUAGUUUAAAUUUAACGAUGAAUGUUGUUCUUAGGGUAAUGUUUUUUAAAUUCCAAUGUAAAUACGCCGUUACGUGUUUGGACCAACGUUGGAGCAAACGUGGCCGAGACGGUGUCUCUAUCGCUGUACAAAAUAAACAAUUGAAAAAUU